AUGAGAUUCUUUCACCUUCUUUGGCUUUUUAUCCUGUGGCUGAACAUGGAUAAAUCUUUACAACAGAAUGAGGUUACAUGCUCCAAUCAAAAACACCGAGAUGUGUAUGACUGGAAUGUCUAUUGGAGACAGAGAAUAACAUUGGAUGACACUGCAAGCUAUAGGUGUAGGUCAGGGUACAAGAAAACAGAUGGCGCUGAUAAGCUCACAUGCACCAGAGAUGGGUGGAGUCCAGAUCCACCUUGUCAAGUUCCUGCAGGCUGUGAAAGACCACCUGUCCUUGCAAAUGGAGACACCACGACCAGUGCUAAACCUCGAUAUGAGCAUAAUGAAAGAGUUGAAUACAUAUGUCAGCAAUACUACAUCAUGGAGGGCGAGCCUUACCAAACCUGCAACAAUGGUGAAUGGACUGGAGAGAUGAAAUGCCUCAAACCCUGCACUGUGGAUAAAGAACUCCUGGAAGCACAUAAUCUUGAAAUCAGACAUACACGUGCAGAUAAAUUGUAUUCAGCCCAUGAUGAUGUAAUAGGGUUCCAGUGUGUCACAGGAACAAGACAUGACGGCAGAGUGGGAAUGCGUCAGAAGUGUUAUGAUGGUGUGAUGGACCUGCCAACUUGCCAUUAAGAGUUUUAGUCAGCUGGAAGUGAUAAACAUGAGCUGUCUGGACAAACAUGUAAAAGAUAAUCAGAGUUA